UUCAAGAGUUAGAAAGGAGGGGCGGAAGGGGGCCCGGGAAGGCCAAAUGUAGGGAAGGGAGGAGGGAACGCCGGAGGGAAAGGAGCAGGCGAAGCGUGGGGCGGGGAGGAGGCACGCGGGAGGGGCGCGGCUGCGCCGCGGAGCGGUUCUGCGGCACCAUGUUGCGCCUCCUCCGAGCCCUCCCGGGCCUGCUGUUCCGAGAGGCGCCCCGGCGGGCAGUGCUGGGCCGAGCAGGCGGCGGCGGCGGGCCCGGUCCGGGGACCGGACGCGGGGACGCAGGGUCUCUUACAAAGUGUGAGCCAUCUCUCACCAAGAGCGAAUGGCAAAAGAAACUGACCCCAGAGCAGUUCUACGUCACGAGAGAAAAAGGAACAGAACCGCCUUUCAGUGGGCUCUACCUGAAUAACAAGGAGGCAGGAAUGUAUCACUGCGUGUGCUGUGAUAGUCCACUCUUCAGUUCUGAGAAAAAGUACUGCUCUGGCACGGGAUGGCCUUCGUUUUCUGAGGCUCAUGGUGCAUCUGGCUCUGAUGAAAGUCGCACAGGGAUUCUGCGACAUCUGGAUACCUCGCUAGGAUCAGCGCGCUUGGAGGUCGUCUGCAAGCAGUGUGAAGCUCAUCUUGGCCACGUGUUUCCUGAUGGACCUGCGCCCACUGGUCAGAGGUUCUGCAUCAACAGUGUGGCACUGACGUUCAAACCAUCUAGGGAACCCUAGACUGCCUUCCCCUCCCUUGCUUCUCUUUCAUUUGAACCCCUGAUUUCCAUCAUUCCUCUGAAUGACUUGCUUUAUUUCCUGUAAAACCAGCUGAGUUUGCUGCUGGAACCCAGGAGUUACAGCUUCUCUUACUUACCUGGAAUCAACUUAAUCCCCACUCCUGCUUGGACUGUGGAAUUUGACCAAGUAACAGAGGGGCAGCCAUUUACCUUGUGCUGACUUCCUUUAGGCUUUGUGUGGGACCACAGGGCAGGACUCCUUGGGGACAUCAGGAUGCCGAUGGCUAGUAAACCAAAAACUUCCUACAAAACUCUGCAUUUUCCAUUGUGAUCCAGUUCUUCAUGGGCAUAUGGAAUCCAAGGAGUCAGUAAUCUUAGCACUGCAGAGUGGGGUUGUGGAGAGCUGUGCUUUGGGAGGCGCAUAUGGUGAGCCAUGAGAUGCGUGAUUUUUUUCCCCCCAAAUUUUAAAUGUCUCAAACAUUCUACUUCCAACCUUUCUAUCUAUAAAUCAGCUGCAGUGGAGUUUGUUAGAUGACAGUGAUUAUGAAUUAGGUGUUCCCCCUCUUACUUUUGGCUACAAACUUAAAACCUUUAAAUGUUCAAAUAAAAUAUUUCCUAAAAUUUA